AUGACCAGACGCCAACUCGGCCAUGUGCAUGCGGGAGAGAAGUGCGGACCACUUCCCCAUGUUCUCCAUCACCUUGGCGGAUGGUUAGAGCAAUCGUCCAUCACUCCACCACUUCGGCAACCACUUGGAGUAACCGCCCGCUACUUCACUACUUCGGCAACUGUCUGGAGCGACCGUCGGUUCCUCAACCGCCCACGUUCAUUGGCCACGCGCGGACACUCCCCGCACGUUUCUCGGUCACGCGCUUGCGGCAGCCAGGCCAUGCGCACGCCCACUCAGCCAUGCACAUGCGUUUCUACCAGGCAAGUCUAUGUGGAAGGCUUGGUUAAGCAAGCUUCUAAUGAUCAGUAUUGGGACAUUUGGAAGAGACAGAAACUGAGUCCUGAAUUGGAGCUGAAGCGUCAGCGUAUAUUGGACACAUACCAGGGUUUGACAGAUCAGCUUAUAGGAUUGGAGAAGCACUUUAAUAAUCUUGAGAUCAGUAAGUUUGGCGAACAUGGUGGUGUUCAUGCUGGGCGGAGAGCAUUGCAUGCUAAUGCAUUUCCAUCAAGAAAUGGGCAGUCAGUUCAAAAGAUGUACAACACACUAAAUUCACAACUGGCAGCCACCGAGCAACUGUCCAAUUGUCUCUCAGAACAGAUGGCUAUGCUUAACAUAAAUAAACAAUCUGUGAGACAUCCAACUGUGGUGAAAGAACUGUUUGAGUCAAUUGGUAUCUCCCAAGAAGCCAGCAUCUUCCAUUCUCCAGAGCCCAUCAAAGGAACCUUGGUAUCUGCGAGCAUUACCAAGGGUAAUAGCAAGAUAAAUAUGUCAAGUACUUCACAAGUCUUGGAAUCAGGAACUGCAAGGAGGAGAUACUCUUUAGAUAAGAGUUUGUCUAAAUUUGAGCCUCAGAAGACCACUGUGAAAAGGAUGUUGAAAGAAAGUGCUGUUUCAGUCAUUGCAGACAAGCAUGUUGGGAGAUCCAGGGAAGCAUUUCAUUCUCAAACAGCAAGUUUUGUAAUUGACCCCCAGAAAAUUAAUGAAAAUCAUGCUUCCUCUCUCUCACAAUCAUCUUCGCUAAAGUGGCAUUCCCCUGCAUAUCCUACUGGCAAAGGUAUCCAAGAAAAGCCUCCCAAAGUAGCAUCUGAACCUCAAUCAGUGUCCCCAUUUAAAUGGACCUUGGAACUUUCAGGAUCUUCUCAAAAUCUGAAGUCAAAUUCUCAUCCAGGCCAACCAUUAUCGUCAUCAUCAUCAACGGUAGUUUAUAACAAUCCGCAUGGUAUGCCUGAUGGAAAAUUUCAGUUACCUGAUUCGUCAAACAAUAUUGUGACCCACACUGUGAGCCAGUCUGGUUCCUCUAUGGUUUCUAAAACAGCUCCAUCUUCAAAGAGGAUGUCCAAUGUGCCGUUUAAUACAUCCCCUCAGACAUCUGUGGCAUUUCCCAGCAGCUGUACUACAAAUUUCAAAACCACAUUACCUUCUGAGAUCAUGCAUGAGAAAACAAGUGGGCAGUUGAACCAACAAGCUGGAAAGGAUGCUCCAACUAAGUUAUCCGUAAGAAGCUUGGAUAAUUUUGGGGUUUCUGAGAAAGGUUUGUUUUUCUAUCUGAUGAGCCCACUCAUUCUAUGCGAUCUGUUGCCCAAUCUGUUGACGGAAAUAGAAUUGCUCAAGUUGAUGUGUUAACAGGCCAUAGUGCAUCACCUGAAGCUUCAUCAACAACCCCAUUUAAUUUUUUAGCCUCUGCAUCAACUCCAGUCUUCUCAAUUAAGCAGUCAUCCACACCUCUUAUGUCAUCCCAUAGCUCUGCAUCCAUUUCACCAAUUUUUCCAUCCUUGUCAAUUAAUUCCUCUGCGCUCUAUUUCUGCCUAGC